CGGGCACACUCUCGCCUGACUCGGGCCCUCACUGAGCUGCAGAGGGAAGAGGGAAAGCCUCCCAGACUCUCUGCCGCCAUGUGCUACGGCAAAUGUGCGCGAUGCAUCGGACAUUCUCUGGUGUGGCUGGCCAUCCUCUGCAUUGUGGCCAAUAUUUUGCUUUACUUUCCCAAUGGGGAAACGAAAUAUGCCUCUGAAAACCAUCUCAGCCGCUUCGUGUGGUUCUUCUCUGGCAUCGUAGGAGGGGGCUUGCUGAUAUUCUUCCCGGCAUUUGUGUUCAUGGGGCUGGAAGAGGAUGACUGCUGCGGCUGCUGUGGCCACGAAAACUGCGGCAAGAGAUGCGCGAUGCUUUCUUCUGUUCUGGCUGCUCUGAUCGGAAUCGCCGGAUCUGGCUACUGCGUCAUCGUGGCAGCCCUGGGCUUGGCGGAAGGACCACGAUGUCUUGAUACUUUUGGCCGCUGGAACUACACCUUUGCCAACACCGAUGGACAACAUAGAAAACCCACCUCUAAAAAAGAUCAUGAUGAAUGCAGCUGGAAUGUAAGGAGAAGGGCGAGUAUCACUAAAACAUUUUUACAGCUGUUUGAGUGUAUGUCCCUCCCCUGACCCACCCCAGCUUCUGUAAGAAAACUUUUACUUCUGUAUCAUUCCUCACUUCAACCUGUCCAAGGAUUUUAGUAUGGGAAAUAACUAAUGGUCACAAGCCAAUGAUUAAUUGCUCAAUGGACAAGUGGGCCAAAGAAUUUUUUUACACUGUGUCCUAAAAUUACAAAUUCUUUUCCCCACUGAUAGGCAGAAAGACAAAGUCAUAAGGACAGAGUUCUUUUUCUUUUUUAAUCAACAAAUUGAAUUUCUGAUUGGCUCAAUGACCAUUCAAAAUUAGGUCUCUAAUUCCAAGCCCCUUUGUUCUGUUGUUUCAGGAAAAACUGAUAAUAUACCAGACCUCUUUGUGGAAUUAAGUCAAUUAUAGAUUUUCUCACAUGAUUGAAUCCUUUCAUUAAGGAUCCAAAUGCUUUAUGAUGUAGCAAAGGCUGAGAUUCUAAGAGAGUAAUCAGAGAUAGAAAUUUUUCAGACUGUAAGAAUAUUCAGGUAUUUAGAAAAUCUCCUAAGUCACGUAUAUAUGUAUAUGACUUGUAUGUGUGUGCCUGUGUAUAUGUGUGUGUGUAUAUGUGACUUCAGCAUGGCUUGCUAACAUGACUUCAGAUUAUUUAUCAUUCAAUUACUUUUAAAAGUGUUGAGUACCUACUAUGUGCCAGAUACUGGUCUAGGGGUUAUAUAUACAAUGAUGAAAGGUCUGGUUCCUAUCUUCAUGGAGCUCAGACUUGUGGAACAGUUACAUAAGCAGGUAUUCUCUUGGCCUAGCUUAGUACCCUUCCUCACACUUGGUUAACCUGAUCAGUAUACUUGUUGCGUUGCGAUUGCAUCUUGUCUCCUCCCUUGGAGGCUCUGCUCUUCCAGGGCAAAGCCCAUGCCGUGUUCACCAUUAUAUCCCCAGCCUGGGCUUGAUGUCUAACUCACACUGAGUGCCUGAUAAUCUUUGCUGAAUUUUAUGUUUGUCCCUGCAACACGACCUGGGCUAAAUUCCUCACUUCAUGAAAUGACUAGGACUAGAAAAAUUUGAUACAGGUCAAUGAAUUAAUUCCUUUCUUUUUUUCUGAACGAAAAAGCACCACACAGAAAGUAGCUUAUGAGACAUCCCAUUAGGUGUGGUCAGGUGUCAGAAGUUUCUUUUUUUUAUCCACAGGUACCUUCUGGAUACCUCCACAUGGUCCCAGUGCAUUGAACCCAAGCAUGUUGUAGAAUGGAAUGUCUCUCUGUUUUCUAUCCUCUUGGCCCUCGGUGGAAUUGAAUUCAUCUUGUGUCUCAUUCAAGUAAUAAAUGGAACGAUGGGAGGAAUAUGUGGCUAUUGCUGUUCGCG